AUGCGAGCGUGGGUCCUACUCUCCGCGGUGCUCUGGUACCUCACAGGAGUUGGAUGGCAGCGAUCUUCCGAACUCACUAAGAAAGGCUUCAUUUAUGGCAAGCCAGGACACCCAGUGAAAAUAUAUGUAAAAUUACAUCACAAUAGCCCAGUCCUCGUGUGUAUGGAUUUAAAACGUGCUAAAAAAGAAACAGUGGACCCUACCUACUUAUGGAUUGGGCCUAAUGACAGGGUAUUAACAGGAAAUUAUCGAAUAAAUAUAAUUAAAACAGGAAAGCUGAUGGUGAAAGAUUUUGUGGAGCCUUUGUCAGGACUUUACACAUGUACUCUUUCUUAUAAGACUAUCAAAGCACAAACCCAAGAAGAAAAGAUAGUAAAGCAGAGCUAUGACUUUAUGAUGUUUGCCUAUCGGGAACCUGAUUAUUCGUAUCAGAUGUCUGUACGUUUUACCACAAAGUCUUGUAUAGGAAGAUAUAAUGAACAGCUUUUUAGAGUGCUGAAGAAAAUCUUGGAUAAUUUAAUCUCUGAUUUGUCAUGCCAUGUCAUAGAACCAUCAUUUAAGUGCCAUUUUGUUAAACUUCCAAAACAUGGCCUCAUGCACGAGCUAUUUAUAGCCUUUAAAGUUAAUCCUUUUGCACCAGGGUGGAAAGGGGCAUGCAAUGAUUCUGUUGAUUGUGAAGAUAUCACUAAUAAUAAUAUCCUUCAGGCAAGAGAUCGAAUAGAAGAAUUUUUCCGGAGCCAAGCAUAUAUUUUCAACCAUGAUUUUAAUAAAACUCUACCAGCUAUGCAUUUUGUGGAUCACAGUUUUCGAGUAGUACGUAUGGAUAGCUGUCGUCCAGGCUUUGGGAAAAAUGAAGGUCUGCACAGUGAUUGCGCUACCUGUUGUGUGGUUUGCAGUCCUGGGACUUUUAGUCCUGAUGUUGAUGUUACUUGCCAGAUCUGCAUUUCCAUCCAUAUCUAUGGAGCUAAAUCUUGCCCAUAA